AUGGCAGAUAACUCAAUGAACACAAGGAGCAGGCCGGUUUCUGCAUCAGAAAAUGGAACACAGAUACACACAUCAGAAGGGGUGGUUGACAACUUGAGGUCUGAAAGCACAGAUCUUCAUGCAGUUCAGAAAUCGAUCUCCACCACCUGUGUCACAGCCGGGGACCCACCAGGAUGUCUGGAAGCCCAGAAGGCAGUUUCAGCAGGGUGCUGCACUGCAGGUUCACCAGAGGAGUCAGAGGCUGCUUCUGCUGCUGCUGUAGAGGAGGCAGUGAACAGUUUUGUGACUGCCGUACACAAGAAAUAUAAUGAUGAUGCAGAUGCUGAUUACAGCUUCACAAAGCCAACAGGAGACAUUGUGUUUGUACCCAAAUCUGGACCUGUUAAAAUGACAGCCUCAGGUAACAUCAUACUGCCAAAACAAGUCAGCAUGAGUGGAUGUGAGAUUAAUGUGGCUGGAGAUCCCGCCCUCAUCCAGAAAAUGUGCCAGAAAGUGCAAGAGCUAGACCUCAUGGAGAAUAGCAUUUCAAGUUGGGAGGAGGUCUUGAGCAUUAUAGAAUGUAUCCCGAAUUUGACCUUUCUGAACCUCACCAAGAACCAGCUGACCUCUGCCCUGCCUGACCUCACAAGCAGAAAGCUGCCACAUCUGACUCAGCUGGUACUUAAUAACACCAUGGUCACUUGGGAUGCAGUGCUGCAACUGUUAGAAGCCUUUCCUAGAAUAGAGGAGCUACACCUCAGCUUGAAUGGGUUUGAAUCUGUCAGCAUUCCAGUAUCAACAUCAGCAGCAUCCUCCACAAAAUCAUCAUCAGAAUCGGCUACGCUGACCAGCUACCCGAAUCUACACAAGCUGUUUUUUGUUGGCAACAGUAUUGUCGACUGGAGAGAGUUUAACAAGCUAGGAGCUUUCUUCCCACACCUACAGUUUCUCUUGAUAUCUGAAACAAACUUGAAAGAAAUUCAAGGGGCAGAUGAGAUUGCAGAUUGCUUCCCUUGUUUGCAUACGCUUGGUUUAAACAGAACUCAUCUGAAGUCAUGGGAGGAGAUAGAAAAGUUGAGACUGUUUCCGUGUUUGAACGAUGUCAGACUAAAUGGGAUACCGUUUUUAGAGGAGUUUCCUGAGAAGUUCAGGAGACAGCACACAGUUGCCUUGUUACCAAAUAUUACAACUUUAAAUGGCAGUGCCAUUAAGGACGCAGAGAGGGAGGAUGCCGAAAGAUUUUAUAUAAGAUUGUACAUGGAUAAAGAAGAGAAGACUGCCAGGUACUUUGAGCUUGAGAAGCAGCAUGGGAAACUAGACCCACUUGCAAAAGUGAUAUUUAAGCCAAAGCUUCAUGUUAGACUCAAGGUUCGUGUUGAAGGGCCCAACCAGGAGCUGAUCAAAGCUGAAGAAAUGGAUAUAGAUGUCAGCCAGACUUUCAAAGAUUUGAAGAAGUUGCUGAGUAAUGUUGCUGGCUGCUCAGUGGCCAAAUUUCAACUCUUUUAUCAGGAUAUUGAAUACAGCCAGGGCCCAGACAGAUUGCCUAACAGUGACAGGAAAUUACAUUCCUACAACAUGAGAGAUGGCGCUGAACUGAUUAUUGCUUGUAAAGAAUAA